CACAGCACGAGAAGCACAAGCAGAUACAACAUACAAGCUAGCAGCUCUCUCCUCUCGUCACUUGCAACUAGUGCAGUGCAGGGCAAAUUAGUUUUGGUUGCAUCUGCCCAUGGCAACUUCCAUGGUUUGCCUGGUUAUGCUCUGCCUAGUGUCUCCACUCUUCCUGGCCGGCCCUGUCCGCAGCAACCCAUGGUACGGCGGGCUGUUCCCUCAGUUCUAUGACCACUCUUGCCCCAAGGCGAAGGAGAUUGUGCACUCCAUCGUGGCACAGGCCGUAGCCAGGGAAACCAGAAUGGCGGCGUCCCUCGUCAGGCUGCAUUUCCAUGACUGCUUUGUCAAGGGGUGUGACGCGUCGGUGCUGCUGGACAACAGCACCAACAUUGUGAGUGAGAAGGGGUCCAACCCCAACAUGAACUCCAUCAGGGGUUUUGAGGUCGUCGACGAGAUCAAGGUCGCCCUCGAGACUGCCUGCCCCGGCGUCGUCUCAUGCGCCGACAUCCUCGCGCUUGCCGCUCGCGACUCUACUAUCCUUGUUGGUGGCCCGUACUGGGAGGUGCCGCUUGGCCGGAGGGACUCUCUGGGUGCCAGUAUCCAGGGCUCCAACAACGACAUUCCUGCCCCCAACAACACCCUCCCCACCAUCAUCACCAAGUUCAAGCGCCUCGGUCUCAACAUCGUCGACGUCGUCGCCCUCUCCGGUGGCCACACCAUCGGCCUAUCCAGGUGCACCAGCUUCAGGCAGAGGCUCUACAACCAGUCCGGCAACGGCCUCGCCGACAGCACGCUGGACGUGUCCUACGCCGCACAGCUCAGGCAGGGCUGCCCGCGCUCCGGCGGCGACAACAACCUCUUCCCGCUCGACGUCGCCACCUCCACCAAGUUCGACAACUUCUACUUCAAGAACAUCCUGGCCGGCAGGGGCCUGCUCAGCUCCGACGAGGUUCUGCUCACCAAGAGCGCCGAGACGGCGGCGCUCGUCAAGGCGUACGCCGACGACGUGCACCUCUUCUUCCAGCACUUCGCGCAGUCCAUGGUGAACAUGGGCAACAUCACGCCGCUCACCGGGUCGCAGGGGGAGAUCAGGAAGAACUGCAGGAGGCUCAACAACUUCCACUGAUCAGUUACUGAAUGUUUGAUUAUUGUACGUGGAGUCGGUGUCAUGUCUUGUUCAAAUAAGCAAGUGUAGCUGUAAUCUUGGAGUCCCAGAUGGUGUUAUGUCGUGAACUCGAGAUCUGUAAUGGUCCAAGGAUGUUAUCUGUAUUCAACAUCAGAAGAUGUUAUGUAAAAGAAAAGUAUGUAUUUGCAAUGGUGGAAGGAUGUAUCUGUUGUCGACA